AUUUUCUCUUUCAGCGAGGAUGCAAAGGCGCUGUGGAAGAAGUGGGUUCACGAGGACGAAAGAUCAGUGAUCGAGUCAGCACGAGCACAGCGGGAGAAGUUGAUGAGCAGUUUGGAGAAAGAAUGGCAGAAUCUCGCAAUCCGCGAUAAAGAACGAAUUUCUCAAUCGUAUCAGACCGUAAUGAGUGAACCCGCUUUGCAAGAAGCUCAUAAUCUUAUGGCAUCGAAAAUGAAAUCCACUUCUAAUUCAUACAACUAAGUACAUUGUCGUUUUGCUCGUUAACAGGCCUGAUUAUACGGUGCCAAGCUUGAUAAUAGUUUGCGUUUGAACUUUUGUAUCGAAUACUUUUUCGUCAGCAGCCCUGUAUGCUGUCAGACGUAUUGCAUUUAAAUUAUUAACGUAUCUCAGGUAUUUUAUAACGUAGAGAAGAGGUGGUGCAUACUUUCAACGCUAAUAACAGACUAAACCAAUUACAUGGGUACUAGUUUUUAAUGAACAAAUGAUAUCGGAGCCGUUCCAGAUUGAUAGUACAACACUUCAUGUACUUUGAGAUGCUUGAACGUAUAUUUGAAUAAAAGUUGCUUGAAUAUUUUAUGCUUGAAGGGACUGUACUUGAUCAAUGAAAUUAUUUCGUAUUUUUUAUUUGUCAUUUCGCUUUUGCUCUAGUCGUAUUUAUACUGGCAAUAUCGUGGUACUGUUACCUAUUAUAUGAGCUUCGUUGUAUUUGCAAGACUUUCAAUUAUGGAAUCGUUUGAAACAAUAUUUUGGUAAUGAGAUUGCUGUAUGUUGGAUUAUUGAAUAAAUAAAGAGCUUUAUGUGGAAAUGA